AUGAGGUUGAACCCUCAGAAGUGCAUCUUCGGGGUUGUUAAAGGGAAGUUCUUGGGCCACAUAAUCAGCUGGAGGGAAAUUGAAGCCAACCCGAAGAAAAUCUGGGCCAUCUUAGAUAUGGAAAGACCCACGCUCAGGAACCAAGUGCAGUCGUUGGCCGGGAAGAUUGUCGCACUGGCUAGGUUUGUGUCACGACUCACGGAUAAGUGUGCCCCCUUCUUCCGGCUGUUAAGAGACCAGAGAUGUAAGGAGAUAGUAUGGGGACCCAAGCAAGAAGAGGCUUUCAAGCAGAUAAAGGCGUACCUCAUGUCCGCACCGGUUUUGUCAAAGCCUAUCCUGGGCGAGAUGCUUUAUCUGUAUAUCACAGCGUCACAGACAAUAGUUAGCUCGGUCCUGAUAAGAAAAGAGUCUGAUAUCGAGCACGCUGUAUUUUACGCUGGGGAGGGAUUCACACCUGUAGAGAGCAGGUACCCGGACGUUGAGAAAUUAGCCUUGACACUUAUUGUAACCGCCAGAAGGCUCAGGCACUAUUUCCAAGCUCACUCGAUAACCCUUUAUACCAACCACCACCUGAGGCAGAUCAUGCAAAAGCCAGAGAUCAACGGGAGGCUGGUGAAAUGGGCAAUUGAACUGGGGGAAUUUGAUAUCCACUACCGGCCGAGAGUGGCAAUCAAGGGCCAAGUAGCUGCUUACUUUAUAUUUGAGCUCACACCCAUGAAAGUUGUGGGAGAGUCAGUUGAGCUCACGCCCGUGCAAGUUGUGGGAGAGUCCUCCGAGGCCGUCGUCCCGGAGCGGGCAAGGAGAUGCAUAUCGGGGAGCCGCCGGCACAACUCUGGAAGCUUUUUGUUGACGACUCAAGUGGAGGUGUUCAGUGAUUCACAGCUGGUUGUGAAUCAAGUCAACGGGAGCUUCGAAGCAAAGGAGCCUCAAUUGAACUCCUACCAAGCGUUGUCGAAAGCCUUCAUGCAACGUUUCAACUCGGCCUCUCUUUCUCACAUUCCUCAUAAGGAAAACAGUAAUGCAGAUGCCCUCGCCCGGUUAGCCACCGGAGGGCCUGGGAAAGGCAGAAAGAAGGCAAGGAUUGAGGUGUUUGGAAAACCGAGUAUCAGUAAAACAAUCUCGAAAAUAUUCAUGGUCGAGGCGGGAGCUGGGGAGCCAAUGUGGAUGGACCCAAUAAUCGAGUUCAUGAAGAAAGGGAGGCUACAGUUUCUCAAACUUCAAGUGCGUGAUAGAGGAGUAAGGAGAAGUGAUCAUGGGAGAAAUCCACGAAGGGUGUGCGGGAACCACUCUGGAUCUCGGUCGUUAGCACAUAAGGCCUUUCGCACAGGGUUCUUCUGGCCCAACAUGGGCGCCAUGCCUUUUACACAGUGGGGCCUUGAUCUCAUUGGGAUACUGCCAACGGCUCCUGGGCAGUUCAAGUACAUGAUAGUUGCGGUUGACUACUACAUGAAGUGGGUGGAGGUGGAGCCCCUGGGGAAGAUAACCACCGAGUGUGUAAAGAAUUUCCUGAUGAAGAACAUAUAUUGCAAAUUCGAGGUCCCGAAGACAAUCGUCACGGACAAUGGAACACAAUUCAACAACAACCAUCUGAUUGAAUUCACGAAGGGCAUGGGCACCAAGAUGGUUUUCGCAUCGAUGGCACACCCUCAGACCAAUGGUCAGGUAGAGGCAGUUAACAAAAUCAUCAAAAAGCUUCUGAAGAAGAAGUUAGAAGACGCAAAGGGUCUGUGGGCACAGAAGCUGUCAGAGGUGUUAUGGGCAAUUAGGACUACGACAACUGAAGCCAAGGGAGAAACACUUUUUAGUAUGGCUUUUGGCACGGAGGCUGUCCUGCCGAUCGAGACAUUGAUAUCAUCGGGAAGGGUCGAGAACUUUGAUGCCACCACCAACAAGGAAGGCCUCCAGUUGAAUAUUGAUCUCAUCGAGGAAAGGAGGGAGAGAGCAGACUUGCACAAUCAAGUUUAUAAGCAGCAAGUUGCACGCCAUUACAAUAAUAAAGUCAGGGCCCGGAUGUUGGGACUGGGGGACUGGGUAAUGAAGAAAAUCAUGACCAAGACAGUGGCCUUGGACCCAACUUGGGAGGGACCGUAUGAGAUUAUUGAAGAGGUCGGCCCAUCAACUUUCUUUCUCCGGGAUCAGGAUGGGAUAGUCACCGGACACCCAUGGAAUACGGAGCACCUAAGGUUCUACCCAGUCUAA